UCUCCCAACGCCGCCAAGGAAAUGGCUACCGCAGAAGUACUGAAGAUUGGCAAGAAACUCUAUGAGGGUAAAACAAAAGAAGUCUAUGAACUGUUGGAUAGCCCUGGAAAAGUCCUCUUGCAGUCUAAAGACCAGAUUACUGCAGGCAACGCAGCUAGAAAAAAUCACUUGGAAGGAAAAGCUGCAAUCUCAAACAAAAUUACCAGCUGUAUCUUCGAGGUGUUACAGGAAGCAGGUAUCAAAACUGCUUUCACCAAAAAAUGUGGUGAGACAGCUUUUAUUGCACCUCAGUGUGAAAUGAUUCCAAUUGAAUGGGUAUGUAGAAGAAUUGCAACUGGUUCUUUUCUCAAAAGAAAUCCUGGUGUCAAAGAAGGAUACAAGUUCUACCCACCUAAAGUGGAGUUGUUUUUCAAGGAUGAUGCCAACAAUGAUCCACAGUGGUCUGAAGAACAGCUUAUUGCUGCAAAAUGGUGCUUUGCUGGACUUAGCAUAGGUCAGACUGAAGUGGAUAUCAUGAGUCAUUCCACACAGGCUAUUUUUGAAAUACUGGAAAAGUCCUGGUUACCUCAGAACUGUACACUGGUUGACAUGAAGAUUGAAUUUGGUGUUGAUGUAACUACAAAAGAAAUUGUACUUGCCGAUGUUAUUGAUAAUGAUUCCUGGAGACUCUGGCCAUCUGGUGAUCGAGCCCAACAGAAAGACAAACAGUCAUACCGAGACCUUAAAGAAGUGACUCCUGAAGGCCUUCAGAUGGUGAAGAGAAACUUUGAAUGGGUUGCAGAAAGAGUGGAGUUACUUCAGAAAGUAGAAAGUUCGUGCAGAGUUGUGGUGUUGAUGGGCUCUACUUCUGACCUUGGUCAUUGUGAAAAAAUUAAGAAGGCUUGUGGAAACUAUGGAAUUCCCUGUGAACUCCGAGUAACAUCUGCCCAUAAAGGGCCAGAUGAAACUCUAAAGAUUAAAGCUGAGUACGAAGGAGAUGGUGUUCCUACUGUAUUUGUAGCUGUAGCUGGCAGGAGCAAUGGUUUGGGACCUGUGAUGUCUGGUAACACUGCAUAUCCAGUAGUCAACUGUCCUCCGCUUACACCUGAUUGGGGGGCGCAGGAUGUAUGGUCCUCACUUCGAAUGCCUAGUGGUCUUGGCUGUUCAACUAUACUUUCACCAGAGGGAGCAGCUCAAUUUGCAGCCCAGAUAUUUGGAUUAAAUAACCAUUUGGUAUGGGCUAAACUUCGAGGAAGCAUAUUAAACACCUGGAUUUCCUUGAAGCAAGCAGAUAAGAAAAUCAGAGAAUGCAGUUUAUAAGAAAAAUGCAAUGCAUUUUAAAGAGUGGAAAACAAAAAAAUAUUCUAAUUUAGCUACAAAGAAUAUUACAGAUCAGGCGAGAGAAAAGAUGAUUCUAAACUAAUCAUAGAAAAAUACUAAUAAAAUUUCUUACUUGGU